GGCGUUUGUCUCCGCCCCGGAAGUGACGUAUGGCGGAUGGCGGCCCGUUCUGUGGUGGUGGGCCGAAGCGGAGCCGUAAAGUGACAGGAGGAGGGGACAUGGGGCGCGCCGGACUGUGGUGACCGAACAGCGGUGCUUUGCUAUGGACAGCGCCAUUACUCUGUGGCAGUUUCUGCUCCAGCUUCUACAGGAACCUGGAAACAAUGAUUUGAUUAGGUGGACGUCAGAUGAUGGGGAGUUUAAGCUCCUGAGGGCUGAAGAAGUGGCCAAGUUAUGGGGGGAACGCAAGAAUAAGCCGAGCAUGAACUAUGACAAGCUAAGCAGAGCUCUCCGCUAUUACUAUGUGAAGAACAUCAUCAAAAAAGUAAAUGGACAGAAGUUUGUUUACAAGUUUGUCUCGUACCCUGACAUCCUGACCAUGGAUCCGGCAGUGUUGAAUAAAGCAGAAGGAGACACAGAUGGGAGUUUUGCCAAUCCUGUCAGCACCUGCAUUAUCCGUGACAAAGAGAACUGUAACAAGGAGCGACUUUUGUGUCCUUCUGCCAAAUCCUCAGGACGCAAUGAUUAUAUUCAUUCUGGUCUGUACACAUCAUUUACCCUCAAUUCCUUGAAUUCAGCUGGUGUAAAGCUUUUUAAAACUGCAAAUGUGGAAUAUACAGUUGAGAAGAAAUUUGCUCCAGAGCCUUUUCCAUCAGUCAUUAGGUUUGUGACCACACCAGCUAAAAACCCUGAGCCUGCCUCCAUUGUGUCUUCAGCUCCACCUCAACCUCCAGAGCUCCAUGAGAAGCCUGCAGAGCCUCCACCAGGUGGAACACUUGGUACUUCUCUCACAAGCACAUCCAUCUCACCCAUUCCAGAACAUUCUCCAGCUUUAUCUCCCAAUUUGACUAAUCAGGAUAUAGCUGACGAAACAGAUUUGGGAUCGCCGGAGCCUCUAAAUUUUCCAAAUGACAUGGAAAUGGAGAUAGAGGAGAUAGAAACAGAAGGAAAGCCUGAUCAAGAACCCGAAACAGAGUCUGAGCCAGAACCCUAUGUACUGGACAAUAAGAGUUCCAAGUCAAAAAAGCCCAAAGAGCUUGAGUUGACUCCCACAGUGGUUAUCACAAGUAGUGAUUCCGGCACUCUCGGUAUCCUCAGCCCUUCAUUGCCCACAGCAUCUCUCACGCCAGCAUUUUUCUCACAGACACCUAUAUUGCUAACCCCAAAUGCCAUGCUCUCUAGCAUUCACUUCUGGAGUACCCUGAGUCCAGUGGCUCCUCUCAGUCCAGCCAGGUUACAUGGUAGUUCCCUGUUCCAGUUUCCUUCAGUCUACAACAGUCACAUGCCACUUGCGCUAUCCAGUUUUGACAGCCCAUCUACUCCUGGACCAUUCUCUCCUGAUUUGCAGAAGUCCUAGCAGUCACAAUGAAGACAAGAAGGAAAUCCUCCAGUCCACUCAAGUUCAUUUUGAGAUCUUCACUUGUGUGAAUGUCAUGGAUCUAGCUACAAACAGAUUAACUUCUGAUUUAUGUGUUUGUUGAAUUUACCUCACGAAUACUCUGUGGGUAAACAAACGUGAUAUUGGCUCCUCAUAUAUUCUUGGAGGAAAUUAUGAAAAAUGUCCAUUAUCCUUUGCACUUGAGUCAUUGCUGGGCUAAAACUGACAUGAUAUGUAUAAGUAACCUAUUUUUUCAGCAGAAUUUUAUCUAAGUGUGGAGAACCAGGAUUAUUUUUGUAUUAAGCCCAUGCCUUUCUCUGGUCCAGUCAUUUUACCAAAUCUUUUAACGUGUUCAUUUUAUAGGACCUGAGGCUAAGCAACAUUUUUAUGAGAAUGUGUUAUAAUAUGUCCAUCCUAUCCAGUAAAAAAAAAAAUAGAAAACCAAUUGUGCAUCGAGCAGAACGGAAUGUUUUUUGUUUCCUUUCAUAAUGUACUUCUAAAUUGCUGGUAGGAAACACAAAGCACUUAAAUUGGACUGAACCCAAAGGGAAGAAGCAGUCACCUGACAAUAUUAUUUUAAAGAAAAACAAUGGCCUAGAAAGCAAGAAGGGAAACAAAAGCUUAAAAAGCCAGAUAGCAUGUGUAUUCAAACAGCACUAAUAUGGAAAACAGAAAGCUUUCAGGAAUUAACGGUGACAAUCCAAAGAAAAAUAGAGGAAGAAAUAUCCAACUAAUUUUUUUUUUUUUUUUUUUGGAAUCCAACAAGACAUGUUCAGAAUAAAAGCAAUUCUGAUGUGUAUGAUAAAUAGCACCAGGAGGAUUGCAGGGAUCAACGUCUUCAGACCUGGAUCUGUAAUGUCAUCUGUUACCAGCACUGUAAGAUGUGUGCCUGCCUGCUUCAAGCAUCUGUAGCGCUUUACCCAAAAUUUUAGGGUUUGGGACUUUUUGUUUGUUUGUUUUUUAAUUUGAACUUCUCAACCUAUGCAAUAUGUGUAAUAGAAAUUGUAUUUUUUAAUACUUUAGCUUGUACAUUGCUUAAGCACAGAUGACAAAGUAGACCUUUAAAGUUAGUAAAUGUUUUAAGCCACUAACCAGCAAAUUUUUAUGUAUAUUUUUAAAAGAGAAUGUCUUCAAAAUCGGUCAUAGUAGUGUUAUUGUUUGGUAUUAGUGUGGUAGAAAGCAGUGUCAAGACAACUGUCUGCUGUUAGGGUUGCCUCAGUUUAGUAUUUUCAACUUUACAUCACAGGUCAAGGAUCAAGCUUUGUUACUUUAAUUUAGCUUUAAAGGGAAAGUAACUACAGGCUCUUUUAUGGGCCAUACUUUUUUAUAAGCUGCAGGCUUUGUUUGGUGGCCUUUUAAGUGCUAUUGCACAGGCAACCACUUACGGUAAUCAUAAUCAUAUUUUUCUGUUUAUGCCCUUCAUAGUGUACCUGCAAUUAAAAAUUAAAAAAUGUUUUUGACAUGUCAGAAGUUUUCAUCUGUCAGGGUCUUGACACCCCACUGAUCAGGAGAAUGAGUAGCGCGGAGUAGCGCUCCUUCACUCCUCGGCUCUCAGCACUCUUUGUCUCGCUGCCCCAUAGACUUGUAAUAAGCAGCAAGACAAAGACUGCUGAGAGCUGUGGGGGUAAAGGUAACUAUCACACACUUUGCUUAUUCUUCUGAUCGGUGUUGGUCUCAGCACUAAGACCCCGACCAAACAAAACAUUUGACGUGUCUGUGACUGACAUGGAACUUUUAAAAGACUGUAAUAUAACAAAGAAAAGAUAUCCCCUGGAGAUGAGAUUUAACACAUUGGAAGUAAUCCUUUUUUCCCUUGCCCUGUCGUCCUUUCCCUACAUACACACUCUCCCCUGCUGUCUUUAUAAGGUGGCCAUACACCUCAGAUUAACGUUGGCUGAGCCUGCCAGACAGAGGAGGUGGUAAUAUUAUUAGAUGCUGACAAAAAUUUGCAAGGCGGCUAUGAAUUAAAGGAAAAAUAACAUUAAGCUGACUAUACAAAUUGUUUAAAAAAAUAAAUAAAAUAAAAUAAAAAAAGUGGACACAAUUUGGCCAGAAGUUGUAUAACAGAUUUACUUAAAUAUGCCAGACAACAAUUUCUUUGAGAAGAAUGUACAUUCUUUAAGAUAGGCAUAAAAUAUCCAGUCUGGUAGGUAGGGUUUUUGCAGAUCUUUAAACACAAUUGAUUUAUGUUUUAUAUUAGUUGGUUCUGUCUUGUAAACCUGUAACCUGACUGCAUGUUAGAGCUCAUCUCUAGAUAAUCCUCUCUCACUGCAGAACCUCUUUAGAGUAAUAUUAGCUGAUCCUUGACUUAUGUUUUAUAUGUCUGUCUGUGGUUUAACUGGGAACUUUCAUAUUAAUGUUUUCUGUGUGUCUUUGCUCUAUGGCUUUAAGCACUUUCAAAUAGAGAAAAAUGUAUUGUUGUUAACUAAUCCAUAUAUUUGUGGGUUUUGAAUAGUAUCAGCAAGUUGUAGUUUUACUUAUAACCAGGUAAAAUAGUAAUAGCAGUAAGUGUCUGUAUUAAUCUUGACAGUCGGGGCACAGACAACCAGCAUUCUCUUUAACAAAAAUGAAUGUCCUCAUUUGAGCACCAUAUAUACUGUAGGCCCAAAAUCCUAUUCUGAUUAUUGAAGGAAAACUGUCAGCCAGUUCACCCACACUAAACCCAAUAUAGUGGAUGAUAGUGUGGGUGAACUGGCGUUUAUAAAGCGUUCACUUACUUUACUGUGUGCCCUGGCCGCUGAGUUGUCCACUGCACCCGUUUGUUCUCUCUGUAGUAGCGCUUUGAAGGCGGUCCCCUGGCAUCCAUAUCUCUUUGGGUUCCGGAGGAAGGGGCCAUAGCCCGGCCCCAUGGUUUGCAUAUUAAUUUUCUUCAACUCCACGUCCUAAUGACGUGGAAUCACAUGCCCCGGAGCGCAGCGCUCAGUCUGGAGAGCGCAUGCGCCUGAA